GCAGAACCAGUGAAACACCUCAGUACAGAGUUGGAUGUCCGUCGUCCCUCUUUCGCGUCUCGUUCUGUCUCGUUAUUUGCACUGUCCCGACACGUAAUUUAUUAUGUAAGAUUUCAAAUCGCCAAUUUUUUGGAAAAUCGUAAUGUAUCUCGAAAAAUUGACUGCAAUCUCCGUGAAAUAUACAUUCGACGAUCGUAUACGUAGUAAGGAAAUACAUACCUUUCCUUACAAGUUUUCUUAAAGGACGACCGGUAAGACCUCGAUGAGUGAUCUCUUUAACGAGCGAUACUCGAAAUGGGCAUUAGAAUAGAUAGGCUUGUUCGUGUCUUGCGCGCAACGGUUUCUUGAUAACGAUAAACGAUUGUGAUAAUUUCUGCUAAAUGGCAUAUUGGGCAGAUUUGAUAUUUCUCUAAAAUGAAACGAAAAGAUGGCUAGAUGGAUAUCAUUCUUGAUUUUCAUGAAUAUGCAUGCGUAUUUUUCAUAAUGUUUGGAAAAACGAAAAACAACUUUUCUUGUUUAUAAUAUGUACAUGUAUGCGUAACCGUGGAUGUAAUUGCAUCGUAAAUGCGCGUGACGUGCGUAAGCAUCUCAAAGUACGAGCGGCGAAUACGACGUUUCAGCAAUUUGUACGUGCAAACGUGCAUCUUUUUAAGACCUUUCUUCGGCGCGAAAGAGACGAUACGUUUAACAAAACGUUUAAUUAAACCCAAAUCAUGUUUACUCAGAAAGAAGCUGUCGCUUAUUUCAAAUUCACCGAUUCAUGCAUUUUAUGCGCAUUUUACGCGUCUCGCGUAGUUUCGAAUAUCCGACAAGUUGGUGCAAGUGAAAAGUUUGAGUUUCAAAUACCGUCUGUGUGAAAAUUAGUGAUAGUCUCCUGCAAAGAACUGCGACUCGACGAUCGAAAUACAAGGGAUACCUGCUGACCGAGAAAUUGUACUGUACGAUCUUGACGCGCUUGGAAAGGCAGCGAUAGAAAUUACAUGGAUGCAUAGACGACGGACGAAAAGAGAGGAAGAGGAAGAUGGCUUUAAUAACAUCUAGGAACAGUUCGCCCACUAUUCGCGACAAGGAGAAUAUUCCAGCCUACGACAUCAAACUAGAACGGGUACUAGGCGUGACUGUUUCCAGCAAUGCAGCCUUGGAUUGCGACGCGACCAGCGAGCUGGUCGCUUAUCCAGCUGGCUGCACCGUUGUGCUGUUCAAUCCACGGAAAAACAGUCAAGCGCACGUGUUGAACGCCUGUCGCAAGACGGUGACUUCUCUGGCGCUCGCCGGAGAUGGCAAGCUUCUGGCUACGGGCGAAUGCGGCCACAUGCCGAACGUUCGUGUCUGGGAUAUCUCCGAUCCGCAUAAUGCCGUGCAGAUUGCAGAAUUUCCCGGACACAAGUACGGCAUCAACUGUGUGGCGUUCUCGCCCAGCAAUAAGUACGUUGUGUCGGUCGGCUCGCAACACGACAUGAUCGUCAACGUGUGGGAUUGGAGGAACAACGUUAAAGUAGCGUCCAACAAAGUUUCGAGCAAGGUAAAGGCCGUCUGUUUCGCGGAGAAUGGUAAUUAUUUCGUUACUGUGGGCAACAGACACGUCAAGUUUUGGUACCUGGAAUAUUCGCGCAGUGCCAAGUACAAGGAACCCGUGCCUUUGAUGGGCCGAUCUGCCAUAUUAGGAGAGCAGAGGAACAACGAUUUCGUUGACGUAGCCUGCGGCAGGGGGGAAAUGGCCGACUCCACGUACGCGAUUACCAAAACGGGUCUGUUGUGCGAAUUUAAUAACAGGAGGCUCUUGGACAAAUGGGUUGAGCUCCGAACGAGCAGUGCCAAUUGUAUGGCGGUCGGGGAUAAAUACAUCUUUAUCGGAUGCGCCGAAGGAAUUGUUAGAUGUUUUAGUCCUAGUACGCUUCAAUUUGUUACUACGCUACCAAGGACGCAUUACUUGGGAGUCGAUGUCGCGCAAGGAUUAUCUAUCAGUCACAUGUCUCAACAUCCACCGAACGCCAAGUAUCCGGACGCGAUCGCGUUGGCGUUCGACGAGCGAAACAACAAGUUGACCUGCGUCUACAACGACCACAGUAUCUACGUUUGGGAUGUGAGGGACAUUAGGCGCGUCGGCAAGUCGCAUUCGUUCCUAUACCAUUCGGCCUGCAUCUGGGGCGUCGAGAUGUAUCCGGCUGGUCCAGACUCGAUCGGCGCGAUGCCGCCCGGGAGUUUCAUCACCUGCUCCAGCGACGACACGAUAAGAGUCUGGAAUAUGGAGAAGGACAUUUCGCCAAACGAUACCCUGUACAAACGAAACAUUUAUAGCAACGAAUUGCUCAAAGUAUUAUACGUGGAUCCGGAAUUGACGUAUUUGAAGGAUCUAGAUUUAGCUGCCGCGGGAUCUACCGAGAAGAGCGACGCGUCCUAUGACGGUCGUAACGGUGUAAGAUCGAUAAGGGUCAGUCCUGACGGCAAACACCUCGCCUCCGGAGAUAGAUCCGGCAACAUUAGGAUUCACGACAUCUCGUCGUUGGAGGAACUGUGCUUAAUAGAGGCACACGAUGCCGAAGUGUUGUGUCUUGAAUAUUCAAGGUUCUCGCGAUCUUUGGCGGAUACUCCCAGAUUGUUGGCGAGCGCCUCGCGAGAUCGGCUGAUUCACGUUUUCAGCGUAGAUCAGGAAUACAAUUUCCUACAGACGCUCGACGAUCACAGUUCUUCCAUUACCGCCGUCAGAUUUUUCAACCAAUCGAAUCAGAAUAAUCAGAUACAGAUGGUAUCCUGUGGCGCUGAUAAGAGCAUUAUUUUUAGACAGUUGCAAUCGACACCAGGUGGUAUGCCACAGUUCGCCAGAGGCCACAACGCUCAGGGAAAGACUACGCUGUACGACAUGGAAGUCGAUUCCGGACAGAAACACGUCCUAACUGCCUGUCAAGAUAGAAACAUUAGAGUUUACAAUGUUGCCACGGGUAAACACAGCAAAACUUUUAAAGGCUCCGUUAGCGACGACGGCUCGCUGAUAAAAGUCGUUCUAGAUGCAUCCGGUAUUUACGUAGCUACCUCGUGUACAGACAAAACGCUGUGCGUGUACGAUUAUUACAGCGGCGAGUGUAUGGCCACUAUGGUCGGUCACUCGGAACUGGUGACGGGUCUGCGUUUCAGUCCAGAUUGUCGUCACCUCGUAUCCGCGAGCGGUGACGGCUGUGUGUUCGUGUGGCGCGUUCCGCACGACAUGAUCGUAACCAUGCAGGCUCGCCUCGCUCAGCAAGCGAUGCGCGCGGGCAAGAGACCGCCUCAUGUCAACGGUGACGGAAUCGAUGUGCAACUGGAUAACGAAACCUACGGGUCGCCUCCACUAGAUUUUCUCGAUCCCAAUGCCAAUCCGACGCCUCAAAGUGCCAGCGUCGAUUACAGAUUCAGCGUGGGUCAAUUACCAUUGUGGGCGAAGAAACAGAUAAAUACCGCGAGCAGUACCGACGACGGUGCGGCGCUCGGCUCGAACGUCAGGUCCCUCGGUGUCGAUUUACCUAAGGGAAGAUGGGCGCAACGUGUGCAACAAGGCGACGGUAUCACCGUGAAGUCAGUCUACGACAGCGACGAAGUUAUACCAUUUCCGUCGCGCAGUGCCAUUGACUCGGAUGGCGGCGUCGGUGGCGGUGGUGGUUCGAAGGACAGUUCCAUCGACAGCGGCACGGAGACGAAGUGCAGUAGCGAUUAUCGCCGGGAAACGAUUGUUAGUAAAAGGGAAGAAGAGGAGAGUGUAUUUCGAGCUUGUCCGGAAAGUUUUAGAGAAAUCGAGAACGAAACGAAACAGGUGAUUGAUGAUAAGGUGACCGUAAGAAGUAGCAAUAGUAUGGAUUUGACACGUCAAUCGAGGAGCCGUCAUCACACCGACGACAGCAGUCUUGGCAGCUUUAAAUUUGAGGAUCACGAAAGCACUGAACAUGAUGGGGACGUUGAGGAUUAUUCCGAAGGAGAAAAUGGAACGACUGGUUCGGAAAAGUCACACCACAGAUUAAUGUACUAUCCUCCGCCAGAAGAUAUCGUGUCAAACCAGUUUACCGUUAACGCGAUGGACGUGGAGGAGCUUCGAAGGUCACAAAGGCGGCAGAAAAGGUUGAAAAACGCGGAAAAUGGCCGGACGAGCGAAUUAACCGCAUCUGGCAGUCAGGACGAGUCCGACUCGGAAGGCGGAGCGUCGACUCCUAGCGCCGAGAGAAAUCCGCUGUCCAUGUUGUCCGAGGCCAGCUCGGAAGGUUUCGAUCAGCUGGCCAAGCAGAGUCACAGAGAAAAGUAUUUGAAGAAUGCCUUCGAGUCCCUCAGCGGAGCCGAGGAGCCUCCGAAUCGCGUAAAAGCGACGAGUAUCAGCUCGCAGUUCCACGGAAGGCUCAAUGAAAAUAGCACCGUAACAACCAAAGUACGCAACGCGGCGGUGGUUAAUGCGACUAAACACGCGAGAAGCGAUGCCGACGUCGUGAAAAAGCGGGAGGAGUUGCAAAGAAGGAUAGAAGAAACUAGAAGGAAAUUGCAAAGCGUCGGCUACAGGUCAUCACUGAAAUCCAGUCAGAGCAUAUCCGACUUGAGCAGCCACAUACCGGAGAAGCAUCAUCGUUCGAGCAGACUCGGCACAGGUAACAGAUCCAGUCAACAGAGCCAAUUUCUAAAACCGACUAAUCCCUGCAAGCCCAUGCUAAAUCCAAAGCCCGCGUUUAAAACCCAGCAACUCAUUAAUAAGGUCCAAGGUGUGGGGAGUGCAUUACCUAAGCUAGAAGUACCAAAUGAAAACUGCUUGUCGAAAAGUCAGACUGCCUCAUACGUCAGCGAGAGAGCGAAAGCGACUCUUAGCCGUCCGUUAACGCUGACAUUAAAGAAAACUGAAAAGUACAAGCUGUCCUUGAAUAAGGCUAAUCAGUCUUUACCCGAAUCUCCCGUAUGCGAAGAAUUGAAGCUGCUAAAGGAGCAAUGCAAGAAGAACAUCAGCCGGUUCGCGAGAUUUGCUCAAAAGAGAAGAUCUUGCAGCUACUUUAUCGGUUUGCACGACAACGCGGAGGAUAUCGAGAGCAUUGCCAAGUCCUUCGAGAGCUUGCCCGCCAUGAACGAGCGUAACAUGGAAAAUCUCAAAGAGAGCAUGGACGACCCUGAUGAGGGGAAUGGUAAUUUCAGCGAUGACUCGUUGGAGGGAGACUUUAAGAAUCCACCUCGACGUUGCGUCAGCGACCAUCAGAUAAACCUUCACAUGGAUGAUCAUCGAAAUUAUCCCAAUUAUCAGAGUCUCCAAAGGCGGAUCUUGACCGGCUCUCAAGAGAGCGUGCUCUCCGACGCGUCCGUUGAAUCGUUCUCGAAAGGAAGCGCCGAGAUCCUGGAUUACAAUCACUACGAUCACGACAGACACUCGAGUGCGAGUUUCUUCCUAUCCCGACGUAGGAUGCAAGCGGGCAGAAGCCAAGAGAGUAUAUUGACCGACGAGUCGGAUUAUCAGAUGUUCCCGUUGCGCGAAAACUGCGCCGACCACAGAAGCACGGAGAGCGUGUUGACCGACGAUUCGGACUCUCUGGUGAAAUCCGCCCCGUUGGAGAUGUUGUUCGACUCGCACUACAAGCGCAAGAGGCAAAACUCGGAAACCUACAGCGGUAAUCCUGGUAAUGCCGUAGAGACCGCUACGGAUAACGAGCGAGGUUCUGCCAACGAGAACGAGUUACGCAGGGCGGUGUUUAGAUCCAAGUCCUUGCAAGAUACUAGAAUCAGCAAAGCAAAGAACGACGUCAAUUUCGCGGAGGAUAACGCGCCGGUAAAAACUCAUGUUUACUAUGAAUUUAGUCUUGACAAUGCACGUAAGGACAACGCGAUGGACGCGACGAUUUGCGACAAAUCUGAAAGUACGACCCCACGUGGCAACAGUCUGCAAGUACCGUCGACGCCGAUCACACCGAUGACCGAGUCGCUGAUGAUCUUGAACGACUUUGUCGCUCACAAGCCGCCGAAACCCAAAAGAAACUCGUCUCGCACACAGAGUAUGCGCAACCGAGCCAGACCGAGCUGGAAAUACCUGGACGCACCGCUCUCGUCGGCCACCGGAAAACUCACCGUCGACUCCGAUAGCCACGUGUUAUCUUCCACGAAUCCGGCUUAUUUGGACUAUCGAGUUACACGAAGCGAUCUAGGAGUCAAACGAGAUCCGAACAAUUCAGACGCGAUCGAACAGUUUCUACAGUCGACGGUGCACUAUCCGGAACGAUCCAACGACGACAAAGACAAGUUCUACAGCUUGCAGCCACAUCAUCGCGCCGACAAGAACGUUAAUUUGCGGGACGAAUCGAUGUACGGCAACGACGAUUCCUCGCAUCUAACGAAGAGCCAUUAUCUAGCCAACAAGAUCCACGACACGGGCGAAGAACAAACUGCAGCUGCCGGCAAGGAACGAAUCCACUGCUUCGACGACGAGAUCCCGACGAAGGAUACCGGCGAGACGUACGACUCGUUAGAGCCUGGCGCGACCUCGUGCGACCUGCAAACGAUGGAGCUGCGGACUGCCGACUCGAAUUUACGGUCCACCAACGAGCGGAUCGCGAGCCUGGACGCGAGCGUAGACGUCAGGAUAACUCGCGCCAUCGAGGGUACCGUGAAAUUGCUGUCGAAAGAGUUUGAGAACCUAGUUAGAAAAAAACAGUACUUUAUGAAGGAGAAAUGUUUGCGACUGGCGCAAGAGACGAACGAGAACUUCGCCAAGUUGGAGGCCGAGCGAGACGGUAGAGCUUGCGCGAUCAAGCGUGACGCACGACUACAAUCGGGCGGCGAGGACAGCGAUUGCGCCGACGUAUCAGCGAUGGACAGAUCACUGAUGGAGAGCGGCUCUUCCACGUCCGCCUCGAGUUGCACUAAUUCGCCCAAGAGAAUGUGGCCACCCGCGUCGCGAUGUCAAAGUCACAUGAAGUGGACGAAAACUUUGCCGACGAUAGACCAAGCGAUUCUUCCUACCAAGCAUCCUUACGCAGCUGGCAGUAGUGGGGGGCGAAUCUCGUCAAAAGUUAUUGACAGUGAAGAAGAAGGGGGUGGCAUGAGACGCGCCUGUUCGCUGAGCGAUCUAUCCGUCAGCCCUCCCAACAGGUUACUGCAUGGUCCUGUACAAGUUUCAGGAAAAUUAGCAAGCAAAAAUGUGAGCUCAACGUCAAGAACAGUCUCUGGGAUUGCCAAUGCUGGCAAUCAGUCCAGACAUGCUUCUGGAAAAAAUCAUUCGACUCAUAUAACGAGAAGCAGUAGCGUUGGUGUCUUGAACCAGAGCGAUUCAGAAUCGGAUGCCGGUGUAACCACCGGGGGAAGUAAUAGAGGAUGGAACAGUCAAUCGGGCAAUAGCAGAAUGAGCGGUUUAAUGAGGCCAACCAUCAGUUCUCAGAAUAAAAUCAACCAUCAAAAUAAAUCAAACACCUUUGGUGGCAAUGUUUCGUCGAUAUUGAGAAGGCGUGGAAUGCAAGGAGCUUUCUCAACUGUUAACCUGAGUCAAGUAGGAAAUCAAGAGGACUCAAGUUCCGAGGAUACAUCUUCGAAUGGAAACGGAGGAAAACCAGCGUUACCGCCGAGGCCUAGAAGUAUCAGUAUUGAUCAUUCCUCUGCUAGUUUAAGUUUACCCGGUACGACGGUGAGAAGAUCUGGCUCAACGACUAUCGUGACGAAUGGUCGAAGCGGUGCCAACAUGAUUGGGCAAAACGGAAACAGGAUGUCCGCGAUGAACAGGAAUCAACUGGAACCUAGUCCGCACGAGUUACCGGUGAAAGACACGGAUCGUGCUAUCGAUGUAGCUAGUGCCGAAUUAGGCACGGAUAAGACAUUAGUAUCCACCCAACUGUGCAACACGAUCGCGGACGAGCUCACGCGAACCGCGGACAACGUCGUGCAGCUGUAUAAGCGUUUGACGAUAGACAACGACGAUGACCCCUCGAGAGAAGCGAUCGACCGGGACACCAUGCUACGAGGAUUGGAAUCAUCCGUCAACGAGACUAUGCGUACUCUACGACUGGUCGUCGCCGGUGGUGAGAGCCAUAACGAUGGAACUGGCGACAGUAUCGUCACGAAUGAAGCCACCGCCAAAUUUCAAGAAUUACUCGCGGGUCAGGAUCAGGGCAAGGUAGUUAACAUGAUGCAGCAGUACUCCGAGCUGCUCUUAACUAUGAUGCAGCAAAGGAUGGGAGGGACUCACUCAAGUCACACGUAAUCCGUCCGUCCAUCUGAGAAUUGAUAAGAAGAAUACGAACGGCGGCGUGUUUUUUUUUAACGCAUCGGAUAAUUCGAGGAAUGCGUUUCGUAGCAGUCUCCUUUCGCGACUGCUCGCGUAUUCUCGAUAAUUCUCCGGCUCGUCUUCGAUUUUAAAGCGUUUCGGUAAAGUGUUUUGCUAGAAAAGAAAACAGGCGUUUUCGCUACAUGAGAACUCUGCAUGCGUGUAUCGUAGUUGCGCGGAAAUUCUUUCUCUCUUGCCGAUGGUGAGUUUUUUCGCCCGUCUUUGUGAUCCAUUUCUCCCAGAUUCGUUAAAUGGUGAAUUAAUAUCAUAUCAAUCUGGUAACACAUCCGUGUUUUUUUUACGUUGUAUGUUCCGAGAGAUAAGAGAUGCAUUAAAAAAAUUAAUCGUUAUUAACAAUCAACCGUAGUUGUCGGGAUUAAUUGCGUGAUUCACGUAUACUCGUAAUUCAUGAGAAACUAGAGACUAAUUGUAAACGCAAGUAAAUAUUAGUUUCACAAGUGAGGAUAUACGAAACGAGGGAAUCGAUUGUGACGAAUUCAUUCAUUGUAUCUUGAGGCCAUACGACGCCACGAAAUGCCAAUUAACUAAAGACUAGUAGAGAAUAGUUUCAAACCAAUACAUCUACACAUACACACACACACACAACACGCACGCAUAUACAUAUAUUUAUCGACACACUAAGCGGUUAUAGUAACGUAAUAAUAUUAGUAUUCUUGUUAUGUAACCAAAGGUUGUCUGUAUCAACGGUCUAAAGAAAGUAUCGUCCUUUCUUUAUGAUUGGAGCUUUUCAGAAAGCCGUAAUAAAAAGCAUGCAACAUGGAACUUGCCAGUAUAAAAUAAUAAAAAGGAAAAAAAGGUCUAGCUGUGUGUGUAGCCGUUGCAUCAAGCGUGAACAAAUGAAGCUCCUCUAGCCUGUCGGUGAUAGAGAUGGUCAAUAAACAAUUUUAUAUUCCAGAAGCGCGAUGUGUAAUCUCUACAUUUUAACGCAACUUGACAUGUUAAAGACAUAAACUUGGAAUUGUGUGUGUGUCAUCUUAUUUAAGAUUACUAGAUUUUUACUGACUAUAAGUCGGUAUAAUUUGUGUACAAUUAAUGUAAAAACAUGAUAAAUCUUUUUAUUGACCAAUAUUAUAUUGAAAGAAAGUUAUAGUUGAUAUUCGUACGGUCUCAUCAUAUGUAUAGUAUUAUCUAACGAAAACUGCAUAUUUUAUCACAGAAAUUAAGCUCUCUCGCACAUAUUUUUUCACCUAAAUACAUUAAUAAGAAAAAGAACGGCUUGAAAUUACGGCAAAACCAUCGUUUGCAGUUUGAUUAUUCUGGUCAAUUAACAACAGUACUAUCCUGGGAAAUUUCGCAGAAAGGAAUUGUAUCGAAUAAUCAAAGUAUUAAAAAUACGUGUUAUCUUUAUUCAACUUUUUUCGUAAAGUUAACGCAUUCUAUAUUUCUUAUUUCAACGUAGUCCUUCUUACCAUUCUCUCUUUAGUGUUCUCUAUAAUAUUCUUGUAUCAUUUAAUGCACGAGUGCCAUUUAGAUUAAGGUGAUGUCACACGCGAUAGUACUUAUCGUAUGCUUGCGUAUUAGUUUAUCAUGUGCUGAAACAAACGCUAAUAAUUUUCGUCGAUUACCUUGAGUCACGUUGUUAAUACCGAUUUUGUGGGUAUUUAAAGGAAAAACAUUCGGUUACUACUCGGAAAACUCGUUGGUUACACCAUACGGAUGAGACGAUACGUCGAUUGUGUACGAUCGCCAAUUUCCAACUUUCUCUUACUCAUCCGUCGCCCGUAAUCGAACAAAGUGACACGAAAAGAUGCACAUUCUCGACGAGAUCGUUUAAUUCCUAACUGAUAUACGAGCUAAAUAAUAUAUGUAACAAAAGUUGGAAUAUUUUCUAUUUAUUUAAUAGAUAAUUUCUUAAUGUAAACCAUUUAACAUAGGAAAAUACGAAUGGUCGGUAUGAAGAAUAUAAUAUGUUGUGGAAUCUCAUUGCAUACGAUAAUUGACUAGCAACUUACAAA